AUGUCAAUAUUAAAUGAAUAUUCUUCAUCUGAAGAAGAACAAGAUAUAAUAAACAAUGAACAACCACCAGUUAAAAAGCAGAAAUUAUUCGACUCAAUUGAUAUAGAAUUACAAAAAGAAAUUGAAACUAAACGACUAGCCAAAGAAUUGAAGAAAAAACGAAAGGGGAAAAAUGACGCAUGGGCAACUUAUUCAUCUGAUGAAGAAGAACAACAACAACAACAACAACAAUAUGAAGAAAGAAAACUGGAGGCUUUAAUAAAAUCAGAAAAUACAGAUUCAGAAUCUAAUGAAUUUUCUACUCAAUUUAUGGGUAAAGAAGAAUUUGAUUAUCAAGGUAGAUCAUAUUUACAUUGUCCAUUUAAAUCGAUUGAACCUGGAUCAAAAGAAUGUUAUCAACCUAAAAAAAUAAUAAACACUAUUAAAUUAGCUCAUAAGAAAGGUGUGAAUAAGAUAGUACCUUUUCCAAACACUGGUCAUUUAAUACUAUCUUGUGGUAAUGAUAAUAUAAUAAAACUAUGGUCGAAUAAAUUUGAACUACUAAGAAUUUUUAAAGGACAUUAUCAAUCAGCUGUUAAAGAUGUAGUUUUCAAUUCAAAAGGUGAUAAAUUUUUAAGUUGUGGGUUUGAUAAAGUUGUAAAUUUAUGGGAUACUCAAUCUGGGAAAGUUUUGAAAACGAUGCUGGUUGAAGCUGUUCCAAAUGUUGUAAGAUUUGGUGAAAAUGACAACGAAGUUUUAAUUGGAUUAGCAAAUUCUAAAAUAUUACAUUAUGAUUUGAUCAAUUUACAAUCAAUCCAAAUUUACGAUCAUCACACAGGGUCAAUUAACGAUUUAUUAAUUCAUGAUAUUGGAUUUAUUUCUACAUCUGACGAUAAAUCAAUUAGAGUAUGGAAAUGGCAAAUUAACAUACCUCUAAAGGUUAUAUCUGAUCCAUCAUUAUUUUCAAUGCCAUCAAUAAAGAAACAUCCAAAUGCAAACUAUAUAGCUAUUCAAAGUACGGAUAAUAAAAUUAAAGUAAUUCAUUCACAUGGUAAAUAUAGAUGGUAUAAAAAGAAGAAAUUUUUAGGACAUCAAAAUGCCGGAUAUGGUAUUGAAUUAAAUUUUAGUCCAGAUGGGAAAAUUUUAAUGAGUGGUGAUGCUAAAGGUUAUGUAUAUUUUUGGGAUUGGCAAACAUGUAACCAAAUAAAUAGGAUUCAAUUAGGUUCAAGGUUGAUUAAAACAAUUGUAAUGAAUCCACAAGAGUCAAGUACAAUAUAUGCUGGGUGUUCAAGUGGUAAUAUAUAUUGUUUAGCUUAA